AAAUCAUUAUCCAAAUAUUAUGUAGUUCAUAUUGCUUUUAGCCUAUAUAAAACUAAAAAUAUAGCCUAUAGGUAGCCUUUAUAUUCCAUCAACAUAUUUGGUCUCUCAUGUUAAAAUUUAGCUAGACCUUGUCAUGUAAAAUUCUCACGUUUAUGAGAAAGAGUUCAACACAAUUUAUUUGAUAUGAUCAUGUGAAGAGGAUUUAAAUCUUUCAACCUACUCUCUAGCUUAAUUUGGUAACCAACAAAUCACCAUGGAUGAAUUCUUACUCAAAACUAUCAUUUCAACCAUUCUCACCUUGUUAAUUGGAGCCUUAAUUUAUCACAUAAAGAAAACACAUGGUCAACGCCACACACCUGCACCUCAAGCAGGAGGAUCAUGGCCUAUUAUUGGCCAUUUGCACCUCUUUGGAACUCAACAACUUACACACAAAACACUUGGUAUGAUGGCUGAUAAACAUGGACCAAUUUUCACAAUCAAACUUGGUUCAUACAAAGUUCUUAUACUUAGUAGCAGUGAAAUGGCCAAAGAAUGUUUUACUAUCCAUGACAAAACAUUCUCCACUAGACCCUAUGUUGCAGCCUCAAAGCUAAUGGGUUACAACUAUGCUAUGUUUGGUUUCACUCCUUAUGGUCCUUAUUGGCGCGAGAUAAGGAAGUUAACUACACAUGAGCUUCUUUCGAACCACCGACUCGAACUAUUGAAGAACACAAGAGUAUCUGAGGUAGAUUCUGCAGUGAGAGAACUUUAUAGGUUAUGGACAAUAAAGGGUUGUCCAGAAGGAGGUGUUUUGGUUGACAUGAAGCAGUGGUUUGGUGAUUUGACACAAAAUAUUGCUCUGAAAAUGGUGGGAGGGAAGACAUAUAAUGGUGCUGGUGAAAGUGAAGGUAGGAAGUAUAAGGAAGCUAUGAGAGAUUGGGUGUGUUUGUUUGGUGUGUUUGUGUUGUCUGAUGCAAUUCCAUUUCUGGGUUGGUUAGAUAUUAAUGGUCAUGAGAAGGCUAUGAAGAAAACUGCUAAGAAAUUAGACACUCUGGUUGAAGGGUGGCUGGAGGAACACAAAAAGAAAAGAGCUUUAGGUAAGAAUGGAGAGGAAGAACAGGAUUUCAUGGAUAUCAUGUUGAAUGUUCUGCAGGAUUCAGAGAUUUGUGGUUAUGAUUCAGAUACCAUCAUCAAGGCUACUUGCCUGAAUCUGAUUUUAGCAGGAAGUGACACCAUCAUGGUGGCUCUAAUAUGGGCACUGUCCCUAUUAGUCAAUCAUCCAAUGGAACUUAAAAAGGCACAGGAUGAGUUGAACACACAUAUUGGGAAGGACAUGAAAGUGGAAGAAUCUGACAUAAAGAACUUAGUCUACCUCCAAGCCAUUGUCAAAGAAACGGUGCGCCUCUAUCCACCAAGUCCAAUUAUCACCUUGCGCUCAGCAAUGAAUGACUGCACUUUUUCAUGUGGCUAUCACAUUCCUGCUGGUACACAGUUGAUGGUGAAUACUUGGAAGAUCCACAGGGACAGUCGUGUUUGGGCUGAUCCCCAUGAUUUCAAGCCUGAGAGGUUUUUAACAAGCUACAAAGAUGUUGACGUGAGAAGUCAAAACUAUGAGCUUGUCCCUUUUGGUUCUGGAAGGAGAGUAUGCCCUGGGGCUUCACUGGCUAUGAGAGUGGUGCAGUUGACAUUAGCUCGACUGCUACACUCUUUCAAUGUUGCUACUCCUUCGAAUCAAGCUGUAGACAUGACAGAAAGCCCUGGACUCACUAAUUUAAAAGCAACCCCACUUGAAGUUGUAUUAACACCGCGCCUAGAUACCAAUCUUUAUGGGUAGGUUAUAAAUGGAAGUGUCUAUUAAAUGGAGAGAAUCUCAUCUCAUCAUAUUAGGCUAGUUUUUCUCUAAAUAUCAGCAACACUUCUCUAGGUUGUAAUAAGAUGUUUAAUGGAACUCUAUUCAAAAAAAGAAAAGAUGUUUAAUGGAACUAUGAUGUAUUAUAGAAGUUGGUAUUUGGUACAAUCUGCAGUAUUAUGAAUCUAUGAUAGUUCUACUUUUGGUUCACAUUUACA